GGCUCCACCCCCGAGCCGGGCGAGGCAAGUUCCGAGGUCGGAACACCUGGCUGAUCCUGGGUGACGGUGGCCGGCAGUCAUCUCGCGGCCGUUCAGGUGAGGGGGUCGGGGGAGUGGCUCGUGAGCGAGGAAGGGGCAGCAGGUGGGCUCCCACCCGGUGCUCCGUGAGAUCGAGGGGAGCGGGUUCGGGGUGCGGAUGCGCGCGCUGGGCCGGACGCUGGCAGUGGUACCCGAGAAGGGGCGGAGGGAGACUGGAGUGAAGGUGGGCCUAAAGAAUUAUAAGGCUGUCUGCAGAGAUUUGAAAAAUGGCAACAAAUGAAAGUGUCAGCAUCUUUAGUUCAGCAUCCUUGGCUGUGGAAUAUGUAGAUUCACUUUUACCUGAGAAUCCUCUGCAAGAACCAUUUAAAAAUGCUUGGAACUAUAUGUUGAAUAAUUAUACAAAGUUCCAGAUUGCAACAUGGGGAUCCCUUAUAGUUCAUGAAGCCCUUUAUUUCUCGUUCUGUUUACCUGGAUUUUUAUUUCAAUUUAUACCUUAUAUGAAAAAAUACAAAAUUCAAAAGGAUAAGCCAGAGACAUGGGAAAACCAAUGGAAAUGUUUCAAAGUUCUUCUCUUUAAUCACUUCUGUAUCCAGCUGCCUUUGAUUUGUGGAACCUAUUAUUUUACAGAGUAUUUCAAUAUUCCUUAUGAUUGGGAAAGAAUGCCAAGAUGGUAUUUUCUUUUGGCAAGAUGCUUUGGCUGUGCAGUCAUUGAAGAUACUUGGCACUAUUUUCUGCAUAGACUCUUACACCACAAAAGAAUAUACAAAUAUAUUCAUAAAGUUCAUCAUGAGUUUCAGGCUCCAUUUGGAAUGGAAGCUGAAUAUGCACAUCCUUUGGAGACUCUAAUUCUUGGAACUGGAUUUUUCAUUGGCAUCGUGCUUUUGUGUGAUCAUGUAAUUCUUCUUUGGGCAUGGGUGACCAUUCGUUUAUUAGAAACUAUUGAUGUCCAUAGUGGUUAUGAUAUUCCUCUCAACCCUUUAAAUCUGAUCCCUUUCUAUGCUGGUUCUCGGCAUCAUGAUUUCCACCACAUGAACUUCAUUGGAAACUAUGCUUCAACAUUUACAUGGUGGGAUCGAAUUUUUGGAACAGACUCUCAAUAUCAUGCCUAUUAUGAAAAGAGGAAGAAGUUUGAGAAAAAGACUGAAUAAAUAUCUCGUGUAAACCUUCCUGAAAGAUAAACGUUUUCCUGAAUUCAGAAGCUAGUAGCUAACAUUCUGGAGAGCAGAAAUAAGCAUGUCUUCUGGCUACUAAGUGAUAAAAAGAACAUUAACAACCUUUAAUUACCUUCCUAGUGGGAACUUUUUCUACUUUACCUACAAGUUCUAUAUAUGUAGAAAUGAGUGAAUAUAUAUUUAAGUACAGUUUUCAUGAGAAAGUUUUAAAGGCCAUGUUCCUAAGCUUCCAAGAAGGUUUUGGGUACUAGAAGUAUUAAUCUAUGGCUUUUCUCCCAGUAAAACCAUAGGCCUGAAGUUGACAUUGGUCUUUAAAUCUUUUAGAUACAUCCUGGUCAUUUCAGAAAAUUCUUCAUAGUGGUGUUGGCCUUAUAUUUAACUUUUUUGGGUUUUUUUGAGAUGAAGCCACACUCUGUCGCCUAGGCUGGAGUGUAGCAGCACAAUCUCGGCUCACUGCAACCUCUGCCUCCCAGUUCAAGCCAUUCUCCUGCCUCAGCCUCCCAAGUAGCUGGGAUUACAGGCACCCACCACCAUGCCUAGCUAAUUUUUGUAUUUUUGUAGAGAUGGGGUUUCACGAUGUUGGCCAGGCUGGUCUUGAACUUCUGACCUCAAGUGAUCUGCCCACCUUGGCCUCCCAAAGUGCUGAGAUUAUAGGUAUAAGCCACUGUGCCCAGCCUUUUUAACUUUAAACAUGUUUUAGAAUUUGCCAAAAGAUCAAAAUGUCAUGGAUUGAACCUCAUCAAUUGAUGGCAGUGAGUGACUGAAGCUUCCAAAUCAAGAAAAGCCAGCACCAAGAACUUCCAUUCUAAUCUAGACUGACCAGUUUGAGCUGAUUCUCCUUGAAGAGUCCUUCUUGAUUGCAGUGCAGUACUGGCAUUUCUGAGUGGAUGUAAGUGGAGUAUUUUAAUCUAAAGGCUUUUCAAGUUACUUGAAUUUUUUAAAAAAUUGAGGAGCUUUAUUUCUAUUUACCCUUUCAUUUUUGUAUAUCAAAUUUCCAUUGUCAUUAAAAACUGUAUCUUGAAAGUUUGUGAACUGACUUGCUGUAUUUGCACUUUGAGCUCUUGAAAUAAAUGUGAUUUUUGUCUGAUUAUCUGGUUUCCAGUUUUAAACAUUGUCACCUUUUAUUCUUAAAAUUGAAAGUACAGAAAUUAAGUUAUUAAGUUUUACAA